UUAUGUGUUUAUAAUAAGGACUUGAAUUCGGAGUAAAGGUAUAAGAGUAUCGAUGGAAAUGUUUACGCUUGGUCCCCUUUGUUUAUAUUAAAAUGUAUCGAACUGGAAUCACGAUAGAGAUUCCUUUAUGCUAAUGUUUAUAUAAUAAUGCGACUAAGAGACGUCUUUUUUUAUUAACAAUAAUAAUGGUUGGCCAGGACAAAUGUUUGACAAUCGAGAGUCGCGCAUCCAAGGAGACUGUCUUCUUUUUGGUAAUCGUUACUCUUUAUAUAUCGAGUAAUCAGUGAAAGCGUGCACAUUAACUAGUCCUUACAUUACAAUAACGCGCACAUUAAUAAGUCUUUACGUGCUGCUUUCAUAAAAAAAAACACACACACACACACGAAGAGAAAAUACUUGUUUAAUGAAACAAACAUUUUCAAAGUGGAAAGAAAUCGCGUGUAAUUAAAUGACGCGCAGCAACGCUCAACUUUUGACCCCUCCCCCUUAGCUGAAGAACAAACCGUACAGGCGUAACAGAACGUUCGAAGACAGACAGACUUCUUCAGUCUUCAGCAACCCCCGAAUGAAUGUAGAGAGUAUAAAUGUGAUAACCAUGUACAACAAUUACUGUGGAAACCAAAUGCAGGGAUCGUGGAGGAACUACAAUCACAAUAACAACAAUAACUUCCAAACGCUGGAUCAAACGUUUUCACCAGGUUAUCGGAAGAAGUACGCGAGGCCGCCUUCGGAAACGGGACACAUGAGUUAUUCGAAUAGAGGAGGAGGAGGAGGAGGAGGAGGAGGGUAUUCGCAAAGACCGUGGCAUUCGAGGAAUCAACGUGGAAACAGGCAAAAUCUGUACUUGAACGACGUCUACCACGGCGUCAAUAACAAUUACAAGUAUUAUGACGGCGGUGGGAAGAGGUACGACAGUGCAGCGCCGUCGUCGAGACGCCCGAUCUCCCACAGACCGUACAACAGUUUCCACAGUUUCCGCGGUAACCGUCACUGGAGGCCUGAUCGUGCCCCAAUGAUGAACGACUACCGGAACAUGUCGGAGGAUUACAACCCCGAAGAGUUCCAACCGAUCGACGUGCAAUCGUUGAGCCCGACGGACACGAGCGUCGAGUUUCCCGAAGAGGAGUUCGUGGAGUCUCCCAACGAAGAUCAAAUGGAUGAACUUGCAUUGGAGAUUCCCUGCUGCGCCGGUGUUAAGGUGGAGGAAUCCGAAAUUCAGGGAAUCUCCAAGAAUAUCAAGCUGGAGGAGGAAGAUAAUAAUAACGUUGCAGAUGUCCAGUGCACGCCGAUUCGAGUGCAGACUGAGAACGCGAAGGAUGAUAGUCAAGAGGCUGUUUUGAAAGUAGCUGAACCAGACAAAUCUUAUUUGCGAACUGCGGGAAGCGCUGACAAGUCCGUAGAAGUACGAGAGAUAAAGCAUAUUAUAAUCGAAGAGAUCCUCGUCGAAGAGAAGACCAUCACGCGGAUGGAUCGCGAAUACAAGACGAUGCCGGAGGAGACCGUUCAAAUCAAGACCGAAAUUAUUGAUGAAACACCACUCGUGUAUUCUAGUAGUAGAAUGAGCGACCGAACGGAUGGAAACGACUCCAUUUACGAUUUGUACAUAGAUGAAGAUCGUAUUGAUGAUCGCACCGACGAGUAUAUUGAUCUGAUGUGUGAUUACCAAGAGGAUGUUGAACGUAUGUUUACUGAUGAGGAAUCCGAGCUUAAAAACGAAGAUUUGUCUAAUCUAAUAUACGAAGAGCAGGUUAUCAUCAAGACGGAGAAAUCCAGCAGUUCGUUUGGACUCGAAAGCGAUAAACAGUUGUUGGACGCGAACAAUCAUUCAGUGAAAGAGGAAAUGAGAGAAGUCGAUCCGGAGAUGAGCGUGAACGAAAUUGAACAAGUUCUGAUGCGCAAAUGGAAUUUACUGUACGUCGAGAGUAUGCCGCCGACAUUCAGUCAAUACGUGUUCCUGCUUCAAGAAGAAGUCGAGAACUUGAAAGGGCUUUAUUCGCAAUUGGCGCCUACGCUGAAGAAUCUCCAGAUGAAUUAUCUGCCGUUCGCCGGUUUCGUCGAGCUCCGCAGGAGUUUCAACAGGUAUCCGAUCAUCUCGACUGUAAUCUCGAACAUGUUCAAUGAGUACAUCAAGGAGCAGAAGUUGCGAACGCAAAGCGAUUUCUCGCUCUUGGAGCAGGUGGAGAAGCGGCACAACUUGAACAGAGCGAAAUCCAACUCUGUGCAGAACCUCUCUGCAAUGUUAGCAGCAGCGCCAGUUAUCAACUUCGAAGUGAACGAUUCGCUGAACGACAAUUACCAAUUGGUGGAGAUCGAUUUGCAAGUGAGCAAGCAGAAGCGUCUCAGAAGAAAUUCAACUGGGUCGGUCAGCAAGAAAUCCAACUACACGGAGGACGCUACAUACAUUUACUUCAACGAGUACGCAGAGAGGGCCAAAUGCAAGGAGAAAUCUAUUGAUUUGAGUAAAGUCGACGUGAUUUACGCCAACAUUCUCGAUCCGCGUAUAAGGAGAUCGAUGUAUCCAGAGAGGUCGAGGAAAACGACGCGGGUCGUCGUCGUCGACGAUUCCACGAAACUCGUUCGAGAAACUGACGAUAUCAAGAGAAAGUUUUUAGAUAUAUUCGGCGAUGAUGCGGAUUUAUUACAAGAUGGUUCUGCUGAAAAGGAUACCGAAACUGAUGAUAAUAGAAAAUCGAAGAAAUGUAGCAAGCAAAGAAGCGAAGAAAUAACAUCGACGACAGCAGACGAUGAUGCGAUCAAGGAAAUUAAAAAGAAGAAAAAAAGAAACGCAGAGAAUUCUGCUUAUAAUAGAGUAUUGAAGAAGGUUAACAAGCAAAAGUUUAUCGAUGAAAUCGGGUCGGCGACGGAGGAUGAUGACGUGAAGAAGUGUAAAAAGAGGAACAAGGAAAAUGAAGAUGUAAAAGGACAACAAAGUAACCAGCAGAUACCAAAGAAAGUCAGCAAACGAAAGAACAGCGAAGAAGCUGAUUGUACGAUCAUCAAGAAGAGGAAUAAGGAGAGCAAGCAUGUUGGCAAACAUCGACAUUCUACAAGUAAGAAGGAAAGUGGUGAGCAUAAUGCGAAGAGUCGAAGACACAGCUGUGACUAUCGUAAUUCGCCGGACGAGAAAAGCCAGAGAGGAGAGAGGAAAAGGAAGAUUUCGACAGACGAUGAUGAUAAGUCGAGCAUUGUGGAGAAAAAGAGCGAAGAAAACGUAAAGUACACGAAAUCUGAAGUUAGUCCAAACAAGAAGUUCAACGAUAUGCCCCUGCUGAAUGUAACAAUCAGUGAUAGUUCCAUCGAGGAAUUGUUUCCCACGCAGAAUAACUCGGAUAUGCUCUCAUUGAGUAUUAUAGAUGAGAGGACGCAAUCGGAGACGACGUACAUCGAUCUGGUUUCACCUGCGACGAGUAUUGUUUUUCAUAUGGAGGAGGAAGAAUCCGUCGCAACCCUAGAAAAACAGGUAAAGUCAGAGAAUCAAACCGAAGAAGAGCAAUCAUCUUCAGGCAUCGAAAUUGAAAUCGCAUGUAACUUGGAAGUAGAUUCGAGCAAAGACAAAGUCUUGGAAUCAAUAGUCGUUGAAAACGAUGAUACUGUUAUUUCCAUCGAGAGCACAAACUCUGAGAGUUCUACGGAACUGUUAAAGGAGAAAAACGAAUUAUCAAAUGCGACAAUCGAUUCUGUGAUUGAGCCGCGAGUUUCCGUGAAUUCACGCGAAAUUCCGGCGACUUCUUCCAUAGAGAACGCAAUGAAAACAACAUCUACCAAUUCGUCCGUGAUAACGUUCGCCUCGUUGAAUUAUAUUCCACAAAAUCGGACAGAGCAGGUGGUACAUCAAAAUACUCUGAAUGAAGAUAGUAAUUUGCAAAAGUUAUGCUCGACGAAAAACAGUUUUCAUAAGAAGCAGAAUUCGUACCGGCGGAAAGCGUUGGUCGCUCAACAGCAGUAUCUGUCUGGUAAAAUAAUGGUUAACGCUAGUACAACGAGCAGUGCGAAUACGAGUCUGCAGACUGGUGGAAUGAUCAAUAGUGAUAAUGCUACAAGCAUUGCGAAUAUGAACAAUAUUGCAGAAACGCAUAGAAUCCAGACUGUCGUGAAUGUGCCUGGAGGUGGAGGACUGAUCUAUAGUGUUGAUAUGAGCGGUAAGAAUCUGAACAAUGUUGCAGAAACGCAGAGAUUGCAGGAUUUUCUUAAUGCACCUGGAGGAGGAAUUUUCAAUACUGUUGCUACUACAGUCAAUCCGAAUCUGCAGAAAAUGCAGAAUCAAGUGAAAGAACUUGAAGGUAAAGGAAUGGUCAAUAGUAAUAACACAUUUGCAAGUAAUGCAAAUUUGAAUAAUAUUGUAGAACCGAAGAGAAUGCAGACUGUUGUGACUGCCACCACUACUACUACUACUACAAGCAGUGCGAAUAUUGUUGAAAUGCAGAGAGGGCAGACGUCAAUGAAUAAUCAGGCUAUAAGAUUGGUAUCUAUGCCCUUGUACCAGUACAAAAGAACUGCAGAAACUAAAGCAGUCUUCUCUGCGAGACCCGUGAUGAGUCAACUGAUGACAUCGUGCAGCAGCGGCAGUAGCAGUAGCAGCUCGAAGUCGCUUGUUGCUCAACAGCCGCAGCAGCAGCGGAAAGUCAAUGUCAGCAAAAUGAACAUGAGCGAGUUCGUUGAGAAGUUUCUAUCCUACUAUUGCCUCUUCGUCAACCAGGUGAAGAUGAAAGUUACAUUACAGAAGUCCGAUGUUGAAUGCGAAAUGCAGGCAGCGCAUAUUCAAAACAUGGUCAUCCGGAGAAUGAUUUGCGAACUGCAGAGAAUAAUCGACAGUUGUCACGUGGAAGAGUUCAGCAUCAACGCUCUGAUCGAGGAGAUUUCGAAGCUGGGCGAUUUGUACUUCUUCCUCACCGUCUUCGUGACUAACGCUAAACGUACACGAACGGACUUUGGAAGGAUUCUCAUCGACCAAAUGAACUGCACCACGAAGCUCUUCGAGACGUUGGACUUUGUCGGCUACAGUACCGCCAAGUUUUUGCUCUCGCCCAUGUCGUACGACCAGAGAAUCAGUCUGUACGCUCAGGUCGUCAAAUAUCGAUCGCUCUGCAUAUUGAAUUCCCCGCAGAUGGAUCAACGACCUAAUAGAACUGUUCGAAUAGAUUCCAUCGUUAAGGAAGACAUGUACUUGUGCGUUUGCGGAAAGAUUGCAAUUAUUGCUUGCAAAUGCAAGAGGGUCGUCUAUUGUUCCAUAGACUGCAAAAUAAAAAAUUUGAAUGAGCACAAGAGAUCUUGCAUUGGGUAAAGUUAGUUGUUGAACGUACUUUCCUUUUUCUUUCUUUACCUUUAAAAUUAAUGUACCUGGUGAUAUUUCGUUUAUGAUUCAUAUUGAAUCAGCAAAUUAGUUUUGUUUUUUAUAUAAAUAUAUAAUGUGUACAGAAUCCAGUCAGUAUUAGAGUGUACAGAAGCAAUAACAACCAAUUUCGUUCCUUUUUAUGUAAAUAAGAUACAAAUUUUGUUACCAUUAGAUGUCUAAUAGAGGGCGGUCAUGGUCGUGUGUGUGUGUAUGGUUAUCGCCUGUAUCACGAAAAUCUGAUACUAAAUAG